AUGUCAGUUGCUUGUGCUGCAACGACCGUCAUGCUCAUGUCAGUUCAUGUCAAACCAAGAUGUGCAGUUGCAAGCUGUGUGGGAGUGUGGAGCACUUGCAGCAUGAUGGUACAUGUCAGUCCAGUGGCACAUUUCAGUCGCAUGUUUCGCUCGAUCGCACUGCCUCGGUCUUGUUUUCUUGCGAUGCGGAUUAAGAGCGUCACGCAAUCUGCUUCUUGCCUUGACUCGCUCUCUUCUGUCUUCUUGGUGGCCAUUGCUGGGAUGAGCAGCGCCCGUAAUGCGAUUCGUGCCAAUGUGCUGCACGAGCAGCAGCGACUUAUUGAUGGCCAGCGGCGACGCAUUGAUCGGAUGAAUAACCUGCUGACGAUCAUCGAGGAA